GGCGACGCUGAUCUUUCCGAUUCAGAUAAAGCGGCACUGCAGCGGUUUGUCAUUGGAGAGGACGUUGUGUGUGAUAGCAGAGUCCUAUAGUGAAUGGAUGGGACGUAUGAGCCGGGAUUUGUCCUUCCAGAGUGUUUAUAGAUCUGCGAUAUUCCCUAGCUCGUCUCCCAAACCAGAAGUGCAGGUUGUUUUUGUCGUCCGCUACAUCACAUGAAGCUACAUUAAUUUACGAAGAGUCCUCUGAAGCUUUAAAUUGGCCUUGAAUGUCAUAGUGUGCAACGUCUCUAACUGCUCUUCCAACAAUGAACUAUGGAGAAUCUCAGCCAGUGAGUGAAGAAUGGCAAGGUUAAGGCACAAAUCUUUCAUCACGUUGAUCGCCUUAGUGCUGCUGCUACUCGUCAUAUUGAUCCUAAAGACGCUCACACCUGAGGACUCUCCUUUCAGCGACUCAGGAGGCAUUGAGCUGUUUCCUGAGAGAAGGAGUGAUCUGCAGAUGGAAGGAGACAAAAACAAUAAACCGGACAACACUAAAAUGAUUCGCUCGGCUCAGGUAGAAAAGGACACGGAACUAGAAGGCAUUCUUAGAAAGUUCCCUCCUCCAAAUUACUAUUUCCAUGCGUUCUACUAUAUAUGGUUCGGAAAUCCGAAGUUUGACGGGAAGUACGUCCACUGGGACCAUCUGCAGCUGCCGCACUGGGACUCUAAAGUGGCUCAAGGAUACCCACAAGGAAGGCACAUCCCACCUGAUGACAUAGGCUCCAAUUUUUACCCAUCUUUAGGGGCUUACAGUUCCAAGGACCCCUCUAUUUUACAAGCUCAUAUGCAGCAGCUGCGCACAGCAGCUAUUGGUGUCAUUGCUGUUUCCUGGUAUCCUCCUGACUCAAAGGAUGACAAUGGGGAGCCGUUGGAUGACAUCGUGCCAUUGUUGUUGGAGGUGGCUCAUAAAUAUCACAUUAAGGUCGCUUUUCACAUAGAGCCGUACAAAGGGAGAGACGAGGUCAACAUGUACACAAACGUCAAAUACAUCAUUGACAAGUACGGAGAACAUCCGGCGUUUUUCAAGUACCAGACAAACAACGGGAAACUUCUUCCGCUUUUUUAUGUGUACGACUCGUACCUGAUGAACUCUGAGCAGUGGGCCAAACUCCUGAAACACACCGAGAGCGGCAGCAUCAGAGACACCCCGUACGACGCCAUCUUCAUAGCCCUCCUCGUGGAGGAGAAGCACAAGCGGGACAUCCUCACCGCCGGCUUCGACGGCCUCUACACCUACUUUGCCACCAAUGGUUUUUCCUACGGCUCCACCCAGCGCAACUGGGCCUCCAUCAAGUCUUUCUGCGAAGACAACAACCUGAUUUUCAUUCCGAGCGUGGGUCCGGGCUACAUCGACACCAGCAUUCGACCCUGGAACUUCCAGAACACUCGAAACCGCAUUAACGGCAAAUACUACGAGACCUCGCUGAGCGCCGCCUUGGAAGCCAAGCCCGAUUUCAUCUCCAUAACGUCCUUCAACGAAUGGCACGAGGGGACGCAGAUCGAAACGGCAAUUCCGAAAAAGGGCCAAGUGGUGUAUCUGGACUAUUUGCCCAACAGACCAACAAUCUACCUGGAGAUAACCAGAAAGUGGGCGGCAAUAUUUGGUGGGGAGCGCAGAAAAUGGCAGGAGUGAGGUUGUGGGGUUUUUUUUGUUUCUGCACUUGGUUGAAUUCACAUUCUUGUUUACAUAUCUCACCAAAUGUAAUCUUUUCCACAUCACUGGCAUGUUUUCUGUGGCAAAAAUAUGCAGUAAUCUUUGUGCCGAUGCAGAUCUGUGGACAUGAAGAGAAGAUAAAACAUCUGCAGAAUGUCUGGGAACAGAAGAGCAUGUCACUUCUAGUUAGGAUUUUCUUUUUUUUUUUAAAUGGUGUUUUGGGCACAAACGUUCGUCUUCCUAUCAGUAGCUGCAGUUUGUAUGUCACGGAGAGUGUGCACGAACAUCUGGUUACACUCCUUGAUUAAAUAUUGGAGCAACAGUUUUCUGACACAUUUGUGCAAAACAGCCAUUUUUUUUAUUGUUAACACAUUGGUCGUGCUAACGAUUGAAAGUUACAGUAUGUUUACAAAAAACUGUGUUUAAACGUCACCGACGACGCCUCAAGUGUUAAAGGGUUAAGCAGCUUUAUGAAAAAGGAUUCACUAUUUCAUAUAAUUUGAAGGAAUAUUUUCAUGUUGUCCCUGAAAGACAUGGAAGAAAACUGAAGAGGAAGAUGAGCUCAGCAGCAUCAAAAAUAUUAUUUAAUUAUUCAUCUAUUCAUUAUUCAUCUAAUUUAAAGAGCUUUAAAAAAAAGUGGUCCAACCGCCAAUCCUGUUCACUAAUGGAAGGUUGAUGCCUGCAGGAGAUUGCAGAGAAUGUAUUCUGGAAACGACCACAUAUGAUGAAGGACCUGAAAGUGCUUAUGUGAUGGAAGAAGAACAAUAAUAAAUAAACCAGCUGCUCCAAACGUUAAAA